CAAUAAUCUACUUCUUGCUGUGCGGUGCUCGUGUUUUCAGUUUACAACAUUUCUACUGCGUGGAAAUUAAAUCCGGAUUCAUGACUGAUAAUUAAUGACAGUGCUCAAUUGAUGAGUAACUUUUUAAUGACUGGCAGUAUUUAGUUGCAUAAUAUUGCUCGGAUUUCAACGACCUGAUCGUUAUUUACUGGUGCUUUCGCCACUUGUCGGUGGUUUCAAGUGUUUGACUUGGCAUUUUUUUCAAUUUACUAUAUCGUGUUGUGACAACGCUUGUUUACAAACGAUUGAAACGUGUGAAACCAUAGGGACCGUUUAGCAAACAAGACAAGAAUUAACCAUGGCAUCAUACAAACUUUCUUACUUCAACAUCACGGGGUUGGCAGAGCCCAUCCGCAUGUUGUUGAAAUACGGAAACAUCGACUUUGUUGAUGAUCGUGUUGAACGUGAUGAUUGGCCAAAUCGUAAACCAGAAAUGCCUUUCGGAAAGAUGCCAGUUCUCACCAUCAAUGGCAAACAAUACCAUCAAAGUCUUGCCCUGGCGCGCUACUGCGCCAAACUAGUAAAACUCGUAGGUAAAGAUCAACUAGAGGAUCUUGAGAUCGAAGGCAUGGUUGAAACCAUCAAUGAUUUAAGACAGCAUAUUUCCAUGUACAGCUAUGAGGCUGAUCCAGCUAUUAAGGAAUCACGAAAAGAUAAACUUUUCAAUGAGACCAUCCCCUACUUCCUGGAGCGACUUGAUAAAAUCGCAAAGGAAAAUGGCGGCCAUUUAGCGUGUAAUAAACUAACAUGGGCUGACAUUUACUUUACUUCUCUCUCGGAUCACAUGAUUGUUAUGACCAACCGAGAAGUGUUGGCAAAGUAUGCCAACUUGACGAAGGUGCGCGAUACUGUACUCGCCAUUCCACAAAUUAAGAAGUGGGUUGAAGUGCGUCCUAAACCCUAAACAUUGAAAAAACUAUGAACAAAAGCAUAACAUAAUAAAUUUAUAAUAAAAACAUUUAUGAAGUACAA